AUGGACGCGGACGACGUGCUGGACUGGUUCCUAUGGGGGUUUCUGAUGGCCCUCCUCGUCCUGCUGGCGCUCAGCGCCGCCCUGGUGCUCGUCGUCGUGAUCGCGGAGCUGGUCCGCCACGUGCGCAAGCGCUGCCAGCUGCUCUCCGUCGAGAGGCUGCUGAAGAGCAUACCGGAUGUCGCGUACAGGCAGAUACCCGACCGAGACGGCGGCGCUGCGUCGGCGGCGGCGGAGGAGGAGGACAAGGAGCUGCGCCGGAGCCAGAGCUCGUGCGUGAUCUGCAUGGCGCAGUACGAGACCGGCGAGCGGUGCAGCGUCCUGCCGGGGUGCGGCCACGUCUUCCACCGGGGCUGCGUCGCGACUUGGCUGCACACCACGCGCACCACCUGCCCGCUCUGCAGGGCCACGAUAGGGGCCGACGCCGUGCCGCGGAAGGGCAACGCCGCCGAGAACAUGGUGUAG